GCUUUAUCCACCCGGAGUUUCACUCGUCGGUUUGGAUCCGGAGGUGUCCGCAUACGCUACGUGGCCAAAGAAGCCUCGAGGGCUGGACUUUGAAGCCGUCCGCGGUUGGGCGGAGGCUUUGCCCUUCGCCGACAACAGUUUUGAUGCGGUGGUCGCCUCACUUGUGCUUUGCAGCGUCAGGGAGCCAGACACGGCACUGAGAGAAAUCGCGCGAGUAUUGAAACCAGGAGGUCGCUACCUCUUCCUGGAGCACAUCCGUGCACCGACCGGCUCGGCACUGCGAUGGCAACAGGAG